AUGACUGAGUUAGAGAUCCCCCGCUACGAGCAGGUCCCUGAGACCAAAGAGGACCUUGACUGGGCCGAGCUGGUUACAAUCGAUCUCAGUCGAUUCGAUCAGCCAGGAGGCAAGGAACAACUCGUGCAACAAUUGGAUCAUGCUGUCAAGAACGUUGGCUUCUUCUACGUAAAAAACUUCAACAUCACCCAAGAAGAAAUCGACCGUCAGUUCGCACUCGGUCGGGAAUUCUACUCCCUCCCUCUCGAGGAGAGACUCAAGUACCACAACACGCACGAUCUAGAAAGGGGCGAGUACAACGGAUACCGUCCGGCGGGACAUCGAGUUCUUGGAAAUGGCAUUAAAGACAACGUCCAAGUAUACAACAUCCCCAAAUUCGACGGACACCAUGAGCGCAAACAGCCCGCCAUUCUAGCCUCCCACAUCACCGAGAUCGAAGCCUUCAGUCGCAAAUGUCACACGGAGGUCGUCGAGAAACUACUCCGUCUCUUCGCCAUUUUCCUCGAGCUUCCCGACGAGAACCAGCUAGUGCGCGACCACCAAUAUGACGUCGAAGGCGAAGACCACCUGCGCUACAUGCAUUAUGCAGCCCGGAGCGCCGAGGAAAAUAAACUCGUCGGCGAGCUGUACAGUCCCGGUCACACAGACCUAGGCACAGUGACGCUUCUCUUCCGACAGCCCGUUGCGGCGCUGCAGAUCCUCAAUUCGGAGGGGCAGUGGAAGUGGGUGAGGCCUCAGGAUGGGACGAUCACGAUCAACACGUGUGAUGCGCUGACUGCGUUGACGGGCGGACUGAUCAAGUCGAGUGUUCACCGAGUGCAUGCGCCGCCGAAGGACCAGGCGGGAAUUGAUCGGUUGGGGGUGUUGUAUUUCGCCAGGCCGAAUAAUCAGGUUGUCUUGGAUCCGAUUGCGAAUAGUCCGUUGCUGCAGAGGUUGGGGCUGACUGGGAAUGUAUUCACGAAUGUUGGGAAGCAUUUGACGACGAAGGAGUGGGUUCAGGCCAGACAGACGCAGCAGCAGAGGCGGAGGCAGGAUGUGAAGGUUUCGGAUGAUGGAAAGUACACGUAUAAGCCGAAGGACUUAGAGAUCAUUCCAGGGUUGUUGGCGAAGGUUUACAAUUAG